AUGUCAGAUGAACCAGUUUAUGUUCCAAAAUACGAACCAGGUCAAUUUGACGACGCAUGUGAGGAUACUUCUGAACAGUGUACAUUAAACAAACAGGGGCAAAAAAAUGACUUAGAAAGUGAUAUUACGGUAUUAAAUGAUUUAGAAAAUGAUUUCUCGUUUGAAGAGGAAGAGGAAGAAGAUUAUUUUGAUGAAUUAAAUGAUAACGAGGAAUGGGAAAAUCCAAGUGGAGAUUUCACUAAACAGUAUAAUCGUCUAAGGCAACAACUACAGUCCAAUAUCAUAUCUGGGUCAACUACACAAAAAAUUACUAUUGCAGCACCUGUGAAAAAUAAAAAUAUAAGUGGAUCAAUGCUAAAGCAUGAUGACACCAAAAAAAAUGGGACAAAUAUUAAAUCUCAUGAUUAUAUGAGGUCUUUGAGCAAAUAUGCCAAUAGGAUUAAUCUUGAGGAAAUUUCUUCAAGCCAUCUAUCGACAUCAGUUGUUAAUGAUAUUAAGAUGAGCGACAAAAAAGCUCAAAGUAUUAGACAUAAAUACAGUGAUAAAUCUGAUCGUGCAACAACAGAACAAGUUUUAGAUCCGCGCACAAGAAUAAUUCUUUUUAAAAUGAUCAAUCGUAAUAUUAUUUAUGAGAUAAAUGGUUGUGUCAGUACUGGGAAAGAGGCUAAUGUAUAUCAUGCAACUACAGAAAGUGGGGAUCAUAGAGCCAUAAAGGUUUACAAAACCUCGAUUCUUAUUUUUAAAGAUCGAGAUCGUUACGUUACGGGUGAAUUCCGGUUUAGACAUGGAUAUAGUAAACACAAUCCUCGUAAGAUGGUCAAAUUAUGGGCGGAAAAAGAAAUGAGAAAUUUGAAAAGAUUGUGGCAAGCGGGAAUACCUUGUCCCGAGCCUCUUGUUUUGAGAUUACAUGUUUUGGUUAUGGGCUUUUUAGGUGAUAAGAAUGGAUGGGCGUAUCCUAUAUUGAAGGAUGCUGUUAUUAGCUCUGAUAAAUAUCCGGAACUGUAUUAUCAGCUUGUCAAGAAUAUGCGAACUAUGUAUCAUAAAUGUCGCCUUGUCCAUGCUGAUCUUAGUGAAUACAAUCUUUUAUAUAAUGCACGAACACUAUAUAUCAUUGAUGUAUCACAAUCAGUAGAGCAUGACCAUCCUCAUGCCCUUGAAUUUUUGAGAAAGGAUUGUACAAAUGUUACAGAUUAUUUUAAGAAAAAAGGUGUAAGAGUAAUGAGUGUCAAGGAAUUAUUUGAUUUUAUUACCGACAUUAACAUUGGCAUAGAAGAUGAAAAAGUUGAAGCAGAAUUAGAAAAAAUUCAGGAGAGGUUAACUUUACAACAAUCAAAUGAAGCACUAACUGAUGAGCAACAAGAACAGCUGCAGAAAGAUAUUGUUGAUGAAGAAGUUUUUAAACGAUCUUUUAUUCCAAGAAAAUUAGAUGAUGUUAUAGAUGUCGAAAGAGAUGUAAUGAAAGUAGCUCAAGGUGAAGGCGAGAAUUUGAUUUAUCGAAAGCUCACUGGGCUUUCUAUUGAUGACAAAAAACAACAAUCUGGUGAUCAUAAUAAUAUAGAAGACGAAAGUCAGACUGCCAUUGAACGAAAGAAAAUAGCUAAAGAAGAGGCAAGAGAGAAACGUAAACAUAAAAUACCUAAAGCAGUUAAAAAACGGAAAAUUAAGACGACUUCAGGGAAGAAAGCAAAAUAA